AUGGUUGGACGCUGGCGGCUGAUUUUCUUCCUCCUGGGAUGUGUGCAAGGAGAGCAGGUUUGCUACAAAAGACUUGGGUGCUUCACAGACGAGGCCCCAUGGGGGGGCACUGCAGAGAGACCACUGAGGCGAUUACCCAUGUCCCCGGAAAAGAUUAACACUCGCUUCUUCUUGUUAACUAAAGAUAACCCUGAGAAAUUCCAGGAGAUCAGCACAUUCAAUCUUUCCUCGGUUUCCACAUCCAACUUUAAACCCAAUAGGAAAACUCGUUUUAUUAUUCACGGCUUCCUCAGUUCAGCAGAGGGCAGUUGGCUCAUGGACAUGUGUAAGACAUUAUUGAAAGUUGAAGAUGUGAACUGUUUCUGUGUCGACUGGAAAGCGGGGUCACGCACCUUAUACUCCCAGGCAGCCAAUAACAUCCGCGUCGUGGGGGCCGAAGUGGCCUAUUUUAUUGACUUCCUCUCUAGCAAAUAUAAUUACUCUUCAUCUAAGAUACAUAUUAUCGGUCACAGCCUGGGGUCGCACACUGCAGGGGAAGUUGGGAAGAGGGUACCAGGCAUUGGACGGAUCACAGGCCUGGAUCCGGCUGGGCCACUAUUUCGGAACACCCCCCCUGAGGUGAGACUGGAUCCAACUGACGCUGACUUUGUAGACACCAUUCAUACGGACACAUUUCCACUCAUUCCCAAAAUAGGUUUUGGAAUGUCCCAGUCAGUUGGUCACUUGGAUUUCUUUCCAAACGGAGGAGAAAAGAUGCCGGGAUGUCACACGAGCAUCAUAACCAAACUUCUACACAUUAAUGAGAUUUGGGAAGGAUCAGAUGAUCUUAUGGCGUGCAAUCAUCUCCGGAGCUACAAGUAUUAUACAGAGAGUAUCCUCACUCCUGAUGCUUUCAUUGGAUAUCCCAGCAAUACAUAUCAAGCAUUUACAGAGGGUUCUGGAUUUCCAUGCUCCAGUACUAGUUGCCAUUUAAUGGGGCAUCAUGUGGAUUCAAAUGGUUGGGACACAUUAAGGGGCCAGUCAUUAUUCUUGAAUACGGGAGAUGUUAAACCCUAUGCACGCUGGAGGUACAAGGUGACUGUGAACACCAGCAGCAGUGUGUGGUUCCUGGGGAGUAUUAAUGUGGCUUUACAUGGAGUUAAAGGGAACACUAUGGAACAUAGAAUUGCCAGUGGGUUAAUUAAACCUGGACAGACCUACACAGCGUUCAUUGAUGUAGAGGUCGAUGUCGGACCCCUCACAACCGUGAGCUUCUCCUGGAACAAGAGCCUCGUCAACAUCAUUCCAUCCACCUUCAGGGCCGACACUAUAUCCGUGCAAUACGGGAAGGACGGACAGACGCACCAGUUUUGUGGCACAAAUUGGGUCAUGGCCAAAGUCCUCCAGAUCCUGACUCCCUGCGACUCCCAACUCUCAACCAAAUAAAGCC